AUGGGCGUUCCAUUCGAGGCUUUGCUCCCUUAUGGGAUCAUCAUCGGCUUUAUGGGCGUCACCGGUGCCGGUCUCACCGCCGUCAAGUACUGGUCGAACGAAGGAAAGACCGCUCGUUGGAACCGGGAUCUGUGGGAUAGACAAAUGAUGGAGAGAGAUCUGAGACUGACGGGAACCAUGCGAGGUCAAUCAAGCAACGAGGUGGCCCCCAAGGGAUUCGAGCUCAGCAAUCCCUGGAAGCUCGAAAAACGGAUCUACUAG